AGAAUGAUGUUAAUAGCAAACGACGUGGUCGUGUUGCGUUUAAGAACCCGCCUUCGCCUAAAAAUUCAAAUAUCAAUGAAACAAAGUUCGAUGAAUGCAUCAAUGAUAAUGAAGAAGAAAACAAUGAAUUGCGACAAUGAUGAUUCUUCCCUCAAUCAUCUUCACUCCGAUCUUUCUUCUAUUCUCAAUCAGAUUGAUGAGCUUGUCGUGAAAUCGCUUGAAGUGAAGAAAAAAUUAAGCAAAGAAGGAAAAAGAGAAAUCGAAUCUUUCUCCAGUUUGUUGUCUGAAACACUGUCACGUUUAAAGCCAUGGGUACCAAAAUUGAAAAUUGCACUUUCAUCAACUUCAAUGAAGUGUGAAAGUAAAAGUGAAGAAGUUUCUUGUGAUGAAAGAAAUGUGAGUGAUUGUGAAAGUCCUCAAGAGACUAAAUUAGUGUCUCCUUCACCACUUGUUUCAUGGCGUGCUGAUUGUACUGUUGAUAGAGGUAGACAAAUGUUUAUGCUAACACCACUUCCAUUAUCAAAAUCAUUUUUAUCAUCCAAACCAAACCAACCACAACUCAAAUCAGAUUUGGACGAAUUGGCUUCAUCGAAUAAUAGUUCAAUGCUUUAUAGUUUUGCAAUGAAACCAACUCCAUUAAAGCCUGCACUUUCUCUUGUGAGUGAAGAAGCGACAAAUAAUGAAGAGUUUGAGUUGAUUUCUUCGCCAAAAAGAGACACCUCCAUGCUUGUUAUGAUGACUCCUGGCUUGAAAAUGUCACCUUUAAAGUCUUGUGUUUUGCUUGAACCUAUAUCUGAAAUAGGUCGUGUGGGUAAUGACAAGGUUCGGAAAUCCACCCCGUUUCCAGUUGGUGUUCAUUACAGUGAUUCAGAAGAUUCUGAAUCUUCUGACAGGGAUGAUGCUUCGCGGGGUUUGGCGUUGAAGUAUCCAGAACUUAUGGGGAUUAAGUGGGUUCCUAAGUCGAGAGUUGGAAAGAAAAAUGUGGAAGCAUCACCUGUUUGGCUUACCUCACCUCCAAAAACUUGUGUUUUGCUAGGGACACCUGAUGAGAAAUCAUUGGAAUUGGAGAAGGAUGAUAAUGAUAUGUGUAUACAUGUCGACGAAUCCAAUCUUAAGUUACAAGAUAGUAAAUUAAAUUUGAAAGAUGUUUCGAAAGGUCAUAAUCAAGCCAUAAAAUCUUGUAAACAAGAUAAUUUUGUUGGCGAUUUAUCACGUAUCGAGAACACUCCCAUGUGGCUGAAGACGGAAAGCACGUUACAAACAGGGAAACGCCCUGGUGAGAAUACUUUGAAGAAGGAAUUAUGGACUAAGUUUGAAGAAGCAUCCACUUGUGGGUUUCAGCCAAAGUUUCCCACAGUUAGUAAGAAUUCUAAGAAAGGGUUCCUUGACCUAUUGGAAGAAGCUUCCUGUGAUGAAUUUUAGACUAAAAAUAUGGAAAUGUCUCAAUAUGUAAGCAAGCAAAUAGUCUCUCAUUGGAAAAUUUUGACAUGUACAUACAUGAUGGUUGUUAAGAUUUGUAACAAAGAGGCCCGAGGGAUUUUAUCAUACACUUUGAGGAAAAAAGAGCUCAUGUGAAUCACGGGUGCUACAAGCUAAAAAUGUACAUUUUUUUGUCUCUUGUUUUCUACUUUUUGUGUAUUGUUAUACUACUAUUAAUCUCUGGCAUUGUUUAAGGUAUUAAAACUAGGAGUCUGUAAUCUGUCACACCA